AUGGCCGAUGUCAACGAGCGCCGCAAGGCCCAGAAUAGAGCCGCUCAGAAAAAAUACCGAACACGACAGAAACUACGCAUCGAACUCGCCAAGGCUAUUUUGUGCGAUAAACCGCACGACCAGACCGAUGUGGUAGCCGAAAGGCGCGACUGGCUUUCCUCGGUGGGCGAUUUUGACGAGGCUUAUCAGACUGCUGCGAGUCGGCACAACAUUUCGUCCACUUCAUCCUCAUCCUCCGUCGCCAUCACUGCCACUGCUUCUCCCAGCACACAAAGAUCCUCGCCACCAUGUAAAACGCUUCAAUCUCUAGCCGUGAGGCAUCUUCUAUAUACUGACAACGGCCGACCCACGCGGCUACUGCGCGACAGCGAUGCCCUAGUGGCCGCCCUCGAACAGCAUGGCAUGUCAUUUGAUCUCGAUAGCGGCGGCAACACCCACAAUAUGGGAUCCACCGACUCUACAACAGCAAUGAGCGACAUGGACUGCCUAGAUCCGUCACUCGCCCGCCUCGACUGGAUGCACAGCAACGAGGAAACAUCUUCCAAUGGAACGCUACCGGUAUCCGCCACUUCUCCACUCUCAUCCAGUGAUAUCGACAAGUACAUCAUGAGUUCUGAAUCGCAUCAUCUAUCGUCAUCGUCCUCUUCAUCGUCCUCGUCAUCAUCAUUAUCAUCAUCGUCAUCUUCAUCUUCGUCAACAGCACUCACGCUCGGCAGCCUGCCUACGCCCGUCUCAGAAUGGCCGCCAUCCGUCAUUGACGACAGCCCCUUUGGUAAUCCCUCAACCAUGUCGUUGCUCAAGAGCUGCUGCCACCGCCCCCACCCAGAAGGCACAGACGACAACGCUAGCUGCCCCAACAGCAGCAACAGCAGCUCCAUGGUCUUCCCAGACGAAACCUCAAGCCCACUCUACACGGCCAUCUCCCUCGGCAACAUGGAAAUAGCCCGUCUCCUCGUCCGCUCCGGCGCAAAACUCGACCUGCCCGACCGCAACGGAGACACCCUCCUACACCACUGCGUCCGCCGCGGCGACAUCGCCACGACCAACGCACUGCUCGACCUCGGCGCAAGCAUCAUGCACACGACCGCCGGCGGUCGGACGCCACUCCAUCUCGCCGUCAGCACAGGCAGCGAAGCCAUGGUCACCAUGCUGCUAGAUUGGUGUGCCAACGAAAAAGACGCGUUCCCUCAAGACACCGCUACAACUGAUACUCCUCUGAGCUCUACCACUUCUACUACAACCAUUCCUCCCGCCAACACCACCACCACACCAACCAGACAGAACUCUACCGUCCCAACUACAACAACGACGUCAUCAACAGCCCGCAAAAUUAGUCUCCUGGCCCACUUCAUCGACGCCUGUGACGCACACAAUAUGACAGCCCUCCAUCUCUCCGUCAAACUGCAACGCCUCGACGUCCUCAAAGUGCUUCUCGAGUACGGCACGAAUGUAAAUCUAGGCUGUGCCUAG